AUGGCGAACCCGAGGAGGGCCAUCACACUGCAAAUCAACACGCAGACCCCGCCAUUCCCCGCCGCCGCCGCCGCGCCCUCGUCCUCCUUGCUUCCUUCGUCGCUCCUCCACUUCCUGAAGCGGCCGGCGUCCUUCCCCUUCCUGCUCUCCCUCUUCGUCCUCCUCACCUGGAUCUCCCUCCACUUCCACCAACCCACCCCCUCCGCCUCCCUUCAGUGCCCCACUGUCGCCACAGCCCGCGAGGCCGGCCUCCCUGUUUGUUUGAAAGUUGAUUGUGUUCUUGUUGUCAUAAAUUGUGAGAUGUCAAAUGAUAGAUUUAAAGGUUGGGUCGAGGCAAAGACUAGAACCCUCAAAUCCAAUCCUUAA